UGUAGUCUCUUUUCAAUCUUUUUAUAUGGCGCCUCUCCUCCACACACACACCCCAAGCAAUUCUUUACCAAUUUCUCUUUGCCCAAAGACAAACAGAAACAUGAUUACUGCUCUCAGCUCCACGAAUAUCUGUCAAGUGUUGCUGCUCGUUCUUGUUCUAUUCCAAGCGACGACUAGCAAUGCUGGAUCAAGUAAUCCGCGAUGUGUUGCUUCAUCCUGUGGCGAUAUUGGCAAUAUAAGUCAUCCGUUUCGACUGAAGAGUGAUCUAAAGGAAUGCGGUGACCCAAAGAGCGAGCUGAUUUGUGAAGAUAAUCGCACUGUUCUAUAUUUUCAUGGUGGCCGAUUCUUUGUGCGAUCUAUCGAUUAUUCCGCCCAACAAUUCAAAUUGGUCGAUGACGGGCUGCAAAAGGAUAACUGCUCAUCUCUACCCCAUCACUCUGAGGUGCUGUAUAACUUCAGGUACGACGUGGUUGGUAGCAGUACAUCAGUCAUUGUAAACUGCUCAAAGUCGGUUAGUUCUCCAUUUUACAUCUCUACCAAUUCAUGCGUUGAUGGGUCCUAUUCUUCCAACACAUCAUCAUCUUGGAAUUUGUAUGCUUUGCUCAAUCCAGAAGCGUCAGAUGUUCGGAAUUUUUGCACCAUUAGCAGGUGGACGUGGGUAUCACCUAAUUUUGGCCCUUUUGAGACGAUUAAUAUUAGUUCCUACAACUACGAGCUAAUCCAUAACAUCAUGGCCGAUGGAUUUACUCUCUACUUUGGUGGAUUUACUCCCUACUUUGGUUCUACUUCAUCGAAGGGAACUUUCUUUUGCUAUUUUGAUAUCUAUAGCAUCUGGACAGGUCAGGCUUCUUGCGAAUUCCAGGGCUACCGCUUCGGUAAGCUUCGGUUGGCAAUCAAAUUUUACGACAAUUUUGCAUGAUUCUGAACAUUCUUUUGCUUGCUACCUUCUCUUCAAAACUGGAAAAUGAAAGAUAUAUUUAAAAUCCAAGAAAAUUAUGACAAAAUUUACGUGUUAGUAUAUGGCAACAUUUGUGUAUUUGAAAGGUUUCGAGAGCUUUGCAUUACAUAUUAAAAUCAAAUUGUUGGAGUUGCAAGAUGGGCAAAAAAAAAAAAGUGACAGUAGAAGUCAUCCUAAACAGACCCAUUUGCACAUAUAAAUGUGCCUAGAUUACAAUUCCUUUCCACAUAAAAGCUAGAACUCCCUAUGCGAAAAAAAUGGUUUAUUGUGCUAGCAGCCACAUGACUAGUUUUUUUUUUUCUGUUGGCGUAGAGUUCAAAUUAUCUUAUUUUCCUAAUUAGUUCCUUAAUUAGUCACUUAUCUAAUAAUUUGAAGGACACUCGUUAGCAAAUUCCUUAAAAAGUUGUAUUCAUAUAUCAAUAAGAGGAAACAAAUUAUUGAUUAAAAUAGGAAAUCGCUAUUUCUCUAUAUUCAUUGACCGCUAACAAAGCAAAUGGAGUUACUUGUAUCAUCUAUCAUCUAUGUGAGACGAAGAAGCGUAUUAUUUCCAUUGAUUUGCAGAUGCACGCAUCCCACUUUCUCAUUUUCUUUUGCAUAAAAUUGAACUUAUACAAAGAAGUUUGCUA